AUGAGGACAAUUGGUGACUUGAAUGCAAGGCUUCAUGUCCACUGUAUCUUCAAUGCCACUGACUUCCUGCUCCUCCAGGCACCCAUCUUCCCUCCCCCCUGCCCCCACUUCCCAGACACACAGCCCACUGAGGUUCGAGCCCUUCUCCCUGCAGAUGAGGCUCUCAGCACCUGAUCCAGGGAGGGGGACUACCCUAGCAUGAAGCUGCUCCAAGAGUCUGAUGCCACAGAGGUCUGACUCCUGCAGAGGACAGACCCAAGUCUGGUCGUGGUGCUGCACCUGUGGGGCAUUCCCAGCACCAACCCCUUCCAGCAGCCUCAGGGGCCCUUCCUGGCAGGGUCCUCUAUUGUAGACGUGGGCGUCUGGAAGGAGGAAGGCAUGGGUUCCAAACUGAGAGGAGACACCUGGCACUGUACCUCCUCAGACCGGGCCAGCCCCGCGCCAUCCCACAAGGUUUACUUCCUUGGCGGCACCUCUGCCUGCUCCCCUGCGGGGCUAGAGACCCGCUCGACUCCACGUAGCUCUGGGACUGCUCGACGGCAAUGAUCCUCAAAUCAGCACAGUGACACUGCCAGGCCCCAGAUUUCUCCAUAGCCAGUGGGCUUUGAGGAUUCCUACAGGCAGGAGCCUAUGCCAGGGCCGGCAGGCUCCACCAGGAACGCCAACCCAAGGCCUCUCCUCUGGGUAUUUCUUUUGCUGUUGGCUGUUGCCCUGGUCCCAGAGGACUGGUCCACACAGAGAUGGUUGGCACAGGCUGAAUGCAGCCUAUUUGUCCUGAAGCUGCCUGAUGCCACAGCGGGCAUGGCUGCCAGGCAGUCUGGAGAGGUCUUUGCUGCCAUGUAG